AGCUAAGCAACGUCAAAUAUGUUUAUUCAAUAUCUACUGAUACUCUGUCAUUAACAUCAUCACUCAAAAAAGUGUUUAAGAGUUUAUAGAUAAAAAGAAAGAUUAUUAAGUGGUUAAAGUAGAUUCAAGUUAUGAUUAAUUCAUUGAAAUAUUUGCUGAAACAAGAUAAGGAGCAGGAACUAUUACAAAGUUUUGUAAGAGUAGAACCCGAGAAAGAAAAUAUACCCAAAGGCAAACAGUAUGUUUUUCAAGCAAAACUCAAUUCUAGACACAUUGGAUUUACUGAUGAUGUAAAACUCGAAAGUAAAGUAUCAAAUACGAAAAAAGAUUCUGAAAUGAAACAAAAGCGAAAAACAAAGGCAAUUUUUAAUGAUACAUAUACAGACAAAGAUCGAGCAGCUGCUGUUAGCGCUGGAUCUUAUGAUAUCAAACAGAGUUUGCAACUAAAAAAACAACGAGAUCAAAAUGAAGUUUUGCAACUUACUGAUGAAGCAGAUGUCAGUUCCUUAAUAUCUCUUGGAUUAAAAGAAAUCAAAAAUGCAAAUGCUGCUAAUGCAAUUGUUUGCUUCUCUAAGGCACUGGAACUAAACAACACAGAUGUGAAUGCCUUGGUUGCACGUAGCAAAUGCUAUCUCCUGCUGGGAGAACCUUCCAAAGCUCUCGAAGAUGCUGAAAUGGCUUUAAUUGAAGAUGCUAACAACAUGAGAGCAAUAUAUCAAAAAGCUGAAUCGCUUUAUUAUUUGGGACAAUUCGAGCAAAGUUUAAUGUUCUUUCAUCGUGUUCUACGAGCUAGACCAGAGCUAGACCUAAUUCGUUUAGGUGUCCAAAAGACUCAAGAAGCAGUUCAAAAUACACUUGGUACUUCAAGACACGUUAAACCAUGUAAAGAAUUUGUUGAAAAUCCAUCAAAAUCAAAGCAAAGAGGCAAGGGUAUUCAGAUAAAAAAGGAAAUGGGGAAAAAAGUUGGAAGAAAAUUAUUAGAAGAACUUAGAGUUGAUAAAGAUUAUCUUGAAAACCUUCUUAAACAUCCAGAUCUCAAAAAAGAAAAUCUAUCAACAGAAAAUGUUUUAAAUUUGGCAACGGAGGCCGUCACAUUUUUGGAUAAACGUGAAGAGUUCUGGCGUCAACAAAGGUCAUGUUCCCUUCUUUUAAGUUACAGAAACAUUCCUCAAGAUGCCGUACCAUUUUGGUUUUGAUAAAAAUUUGUAUUUUAUGUAAUUGAAUAAUAUCGUAAUACAACUUUUUUCGUUUAAUUAA